GAAAUAACUUAACUGGACCCUAAUACAAGGGCCUGUGAAAAAAUUUAUUCUUGCCUUCUCAAAAUUUUGUAUACAUAAAUUUUUGAUAUUUUGAUAUUGAUUUUGAAUUCUCCUUUAAUAUAAAUAUAUGUAUAUAUAAAGAGUUCAUGUUUUUUCCCUUAAUUUUUUCCCUUUUUUCUUUUGUUUCUUGGUUUUUUAAAUUUUGUUUUCAUUUUUUAUUUUGAUUUCCUUUUGAAUUAACUCGCACACCCCCACAACUAAACCUUGCAUCCUCAGCAGGACUCGGUGUUUUUUCUUUUUUCAACACUUUCUUCAGGGGGGGGUUGUAUUUUCAUAUAAUCCAAGAUUUAAAUUUUGUUCGAGAUAGAUCUUCAGAGAAGAAGCUUGCUAACUGACUGAAUCCAGAGAAUGAACUGUUUGCAGAAAGAUAUCUAAACUCUUUCACUACAGGAAGAUCCAGAAUGAACCUUGGGGUGUUGUUGAUUGAACAUUUUUUUGAAUGUACACUCUUAUGCCAAAGGGGAAUGCCCCCUAAUUGGCUUUUGUCAAUUAACCCAGCAAAACAUUGGUUUACUGUCUUUCUCUCUCCUCUAUUUCCCCUAAUCUACAACUAUUGUAGUUUUCCUCUUAGAGGAUAAAUUUUUAUAUACACUUUCAAUUAGAAUUUUUUGGGGUGUAGGAUGCUUAUGUUUAGUGAUCAAUUGGGGAGACUAGUCCUCCAAUCAUCAUCGGGGGGGUUAUGAUUUUUAAAUCUCCAUCUUGCUUGGUCUAGCACCAAAAUUUGUGCACACCCAUGCUACACGGGCAUGUGCUAGUCAAUAACACAUCAGAAAUAACUUACUGCCCACCUGGGCUGUCCUAAGUCAAUCUUGAGCCACCAUUGGCACUUGUGAGGCACAGGAAAUGAGGUAGGGAACAGCCUCUGGAAUUCGCUCACUUCCUGGGGACAGGGCUAGGCGCCAGUUGGUGCUAGGAGCUUGAGUAGGGAGGAGGCCCGCAGACAGCUUUCCUUCAGAUCACUCAUGUGACCAUCAGUCAAGGACUGAUUCCCUUCUCUACCAUGGCCUUCGGGCCUAAACUCACUCUGGCUCUGCCAGAAGGAUGAGUAAACCUUUUUCCUCCUUUCUCCUUAUCUCCCUCCCCUUUUUCCUACUCCCCUUGUGAUUAAACCACCAUAAACUCCAUUCUGACUUGAGUAUUUCAUUUUAGGAAUUUCAUAGGUAAAUUCCUUGGUGACCAUAAAUUAAUAUUAUUACAACCUUUAAAGGUGAUUUUCACUAUAACAGCUCUGAGCCUGGCUGGAAGGUACAUCCUCUAGACCUGUGCCUCUGCCUGGCCAGAGGUGCAGGAGGCCCUGCACUCUAGUGGACAGGGGUCCUGGCCUCCCUGAGUUCUGAGGACUCCGGAUGGGAUUAGGUUCAACUGGGUUGGUCUGGAUGUGCCCUGAGGCAAAAACCUCCAGUGAGACUGGAGUCAAAUAGAAGGACCCAGCCACUGGAUCUUCUGGCUCUUCAAUCUCUCUCUGGCUGCUUCCCUGCCACUUGUGUUGGUUGCUCUGAGCCUGAUACAGCCCUGCUCACAAGAUACACCGUCCAGACCAGCACUUUUGCCUGCCCAGAGGUUUCUGCUGAAACUGGAGUCUUAGGGCCCUAGGUGGGGGAGGGGCCCCGAGACCUUCCUUCUGCCUUCCCCUUAGACCUGAAUGUUCUCGGAUUCUGGCUUUUGGGGGGCAUAUCUUUUGAAUUGAGUCCAGAAGGAGGGUUCCCCAGCUCUGUCCUGUGGUUAAGUUUGAAUUUCAGUCCCCUAAGAGCAUUCAGUUUGUGAUCUGUAAGGAAGGGUUUUCAGAGGUCUGAACUUUUGCAGUUUCUAAGCUGCCAUCUUGACUCCGCCCCCGAGAUGUUACUUCAGAACAAUAAAAACACAUUGUAAUUCUCCUCAUUGAUCACUGGUAAUAUUUUCUUCCUAGAAUAUACAGAAGGUGUUAUCUUCUCAGAAACUCUUCAAGAAUCUAUUCUUACCAGAUCAACUCUUGAUUCCUUAAUGAGGAGGAAUUUCAGAUCACUUUCUCUUUUUCUCCUCCACAGAAUCUCAUACUUCAUCAGAGAGCACUUCCCAUCUCUCUCAUUCCAAGAGGGAAAAGUAUUUCAGAGUAACAACACACUUCUCCAGGUUUUACUCUUCACAACAUGAUUCUCAGUUUAGACACAAAAUGCUUUUGUCAAUAUUCCAUUUGGCUCUGAAUGACUGGUCUGCAGUUCUGACUGUCAGUCUUGAAGGGGUCAAUAACAUUCAAGGAUGUGGCUUUAGACUUCACCCAGGAAGAGUGGUGUCUACUGGACCAUUUUCAGAAAGAACUGUACCUGGAGGUCAUGCUGGAGAACGUGCAGAAUCUACUCUCUGUGGGGCUUCCAGUAACUAGAGAACAUUUAAUUUCCUGUUUUCAGCAAGGAAAAACACCAUGGCUGCCAGAGCAAAAGGGGCCAAAGAGCUCCUCUCCAGAUUUUGAAAUGAAUGUGAUGUGUACAAAUCUGAGCCUUUUUGUGGAAGGAUCUGGCCCCCAAAGAUGCAUGAAGGAGGUUCCUCAUGACUUCAUUUUGAGAGAAAUCUGUGAUUCUACUGUCAAAGUAAAUAAAAAUCCACAGAGUGACUGUGAAAUUGAUGAAACUGCAGAGAAAUUCAGUCAAUAUUCAGUUCUAACUCAGUACAUGAAAUUGAGUUCAGGAAAUGACUGUUAUCAGGAUAGCAAAUAUAGAAAAUGGUUUCCUGAAGAUGUAGGAAUUAUUCAGUCACCUGAGAAGCCUGAAAUGCUCGUGUGUCAAGGUAAGGCAGGAGGAAUGGCUUUUGGCUGCAGUUUAGACUUCAUUAGACAUCUAAACAUUAAUCCUGUCAAGAUGAUUUCUGUGAACAAUAAAGGUGGGAGAUGUUUCAGUCAGAAAACUAAGCUUGUUGCAUAUCAGAGAAUCCACACUGGAGAGAAACCUUAUGAAUAUAAACAUUGUGGAAAGCCUUUCACAGAGAGGUGCUCUCUUUUUCAACAUGAGAGAAUCCACACUGGAGUGAAACUUCAUGAAUGUCAACACUGUGGAAAGUCUUUCAGACAAAGGAGCAAUCUUAUUUCACAUCAGAACAUCCACACUGGAGUGAAACCUCAUGAAUGUCAACACUGUGGAAAGUCUUUCACAGAAAGGAGCAAUCUUAUUACACAUUACAGAAUCCACACUGGAGAAAAACCUUAUGAAUGCAAACACUGUGGAAAGGCUUUUAUAGAAAGGGGAUCUCUUGUUAAACAUCAGAGAAUUCAUACUGGAAGUAAACCUUAUGAAUGUAAACACUGUGGAAAGGCUUUUACACACAGGAGCAGUCUUGUUGCACAUCAGAGAAUCCACACUGGAGAGAAACCAUAUGAAUGUGAACAUUGUGGAAAGCCUUUCAGACAAAGGGGCCAUCUUAUUGCACAUCAGAGCAUCCACACUGGAGAGAAAGCUUAUAAAUGUUUACACUGUGGAAAGUCUUUCAGCCGGAAGAGCAAUCUUAUUGCACAUCAGAGAAUCCACACUGGAGAGAAACCUUAUGAAUGCAAAAACUGUGGAAAGGCUUUUAAAAGGAAGGAAUCUUUUGCUAAGCAUCAGAGCAUCCAUACUGGAGAGAUAUCUUAUGAAUGCAAAAACUGUGGAGAGUCUUUUAAAGAGAAGGGAUCUCUUGCUAAGCAUCAGAGCAUCCACAAUGGAGGGAAGCGUUAUGAAUGUAAACACUGUGGAAAGGCUUUUAUACACAGGAGCAGCCUUAUUUUUCAUCAGAGAAUCCACACAGGAGAGAAACCUUAUGAAUGUAAAUAUUGUGGAAAAUAUUUCAGAAAUAGGAGCAAUCUUACUUCACAUCAGAGAAUCCACACAGGAGAGAAACCUUAUGAAUGUCAACACUGUGGAAAAUAUUUCAGAAAUAGGAGCAAUCUUAUUUCACAUCAGAGUAUCCACACUGGAGAGAAACCUUAUGAAUGUAAACAAUGUGGAAGGGCUUUUACAAAGAAGGGAUAUCUUACUAAACAUCAGAGAAUCCACACUGGAAGGAAACCUUAUGAAUGUAAACAAUGCGGAAAGGCUUUUACAGAGAGGAGCAGUCUUGCUACACAUCAGAGAAUCCACACUGGAGAGAAGCCUUACGAAUGUGAAAAAUGUGGAAAGGCUUUUACAUGUAGGAGCCUUCUUGCUGCUCAUCAGAGAAUCCACACAGGAGAGAAACCUUAUGAAUGUUUACAUUGUGGAAAGGCUUUCAGAUUGAAGGGCCAACUUAUUGCACAUCACAAUAUCCACACUCGAGAGAAAUCUUAUGAAUGUAAACAAUGUGGAAGGGCUUUUACAAAGAAGGGAUAUCUUACUAAACAUCAGAGAAUCCACAUUGAAAGGAAAAUUUAUGAAUGUAAACAAUGUGGAAAGGCUUUUACGUGUAGGAGCCAUCUUGCUACACAUCACAGGAUCCACACAGGAGAGAAACCUUAUGAAUGUAAACAAUGUGGAAAUGCUUUCACACAGAGGGGCCAUCUUAUUGUACAUCAGAGAAUCCACACUGGAGAAAAACCUUAUGAAUGUCAACACUGUGGAAAGACUUUCACCCGGAAGAGCUAUCUGACUACACAUCAGUGUCCACACUUGAGAGAAACCUUAUAAACCUUAUAAAUGUAAAGUGUGAAAAGGCUUUUACAGAGGGGCUAUCUUGUUAAAGAUAGAGAAACUUUAUUAAUGUAAAUACCGUGAAAAACCUUUUACAUGUAGGGGACCUCCUGCUAAGCAUCAGAGCAUCAAUGCUGAAGAGAAGACUUAUGAAUGUAAAACUGUAAAGACUUUCACACUAAGGAGCAAUAUUGCUAAAUGUCAGACAAUCCACACUGGAGAGAAACUUUACAAAUGUAAACAUGGAAAGACAUGGAAUCUCUUUCCAGACAUCAGACAAUUCAGAUGGGAAAGAAGCUUUAUUGUAUGGAAUAAAAGCAUGGCUUAUUCUCAAACAUGUAUUAGUAUUAGUAAUCUUCGAUUGGCAACUUCCUAUAGAAAUGUUGUGAAAGUCUGGUGACUGUCAGAAGGGAGAUACUAAUCUCUUUAUGAAGAGGAGAGAAAUUCCCCUCCUCAGCAUCUUUUUAUAUACAUAACACCUUCAAUUCACUCUUUAUGUGGCUAUAACCUCUGUUUAAAUUUUUAAGAUUCAGAUUCAGAAUAUGUGAAGGACAUCAUGUAAUGUAUUGGGUCAUGAGGAUAGAAUGGCAGCAGGAAAAAAGGAACAGAGUCAAGAAAUCAGGAGACAGUGUUCAAGGUGGAUGUCCUUUGCACUGCCCCCUGGAGUGCCCCUCUGGGAGGCCCAAAUGAAAUUGAAAGCCACACUUGGCUCCUGAGACUUGAUGUGUAAGUUAGUGGAAGGAGAAAAAAUUUGAUAAACCAAGGCAAGAGGUUAUGCUCUUUUCUCUUAUGGUUUUGUUACUUGGUGGCCUUUCCUGUGAGCAUGCUUAUUCGGCCCUAGUGGCAGAAACAGAAAGCAAGAUAAAUGGAGCAUCCAGGAAAAUAACACAUCUCUCCUCUUUUCCCCUUUUUUUCUGAGGCCCCAAGACACAAGGGGCCGCCAUGAGACCACUGCUUGCCUGCUACUCUGGCAUCCUCAGUAUAGGCUAUUCUCCCCAGUAUUGCCCCUGUUCCUGGGACAAUCUGCUUCCUUCCUUAGCAUCCCGUAACUAGUGUACCACCACCUGCUGACCUACAGUAAACAUGGAGACAAUUUAAUAACAUAAGGUAAAAAUAAAAUACUAAAAUUAAACAAUUCAAAUAAAAAUCAUAAAAUUAUAGAAAGUCACAAAAUUAAGUAAUAAAUACACAAAAUUAAAUUAUUGGUAGCCUUUUAUUCUCAGAGGAGCAGGAUCCUGGAGGAUUCCCGCAGUAGGCAAAAUCUGUGUUCCCAGAGAGUCUGUGGGAUCCCCAGGAACAGGAAAAGGCCUAGACAUACUUCAGGACACAGUUAAAUUUGUGGCAGGAUGAGAAACAUUGGAAAUCUAAAAGCAUGAACAGUCUGCUGGGAAUUGUGGCCUGCUUGCUUUUGCUGACCCAUAUAGUGACGUAUGCAUGUAUGAUUGUGUCUGAAUCUACCCAUUCCCUCCUUUGGAAUGUGCCAAAGGGAGAUUCCCUCUUCCUCUGCUCCUAUAAAAUCUGCAGCCACCCCUUGUUUGGAGAGACUCCCAUUAAGAGGGACACCCACAGGCUGAUAAUGAACAAGUUUCUAGAAUUUGAACUCCUGGGUGUCUAUGUGGUUGUAUGAAGUGUGUCCUGCUUUCUUGGCUAUGGAAAGGGGUGGGGGAGGGGAGGGAAAGAACAUGAUUCUUGUAUCCAAGCUGUUAUGGGUAUGGAAGGAUUCCUUUGGGGUUCAGGAAGGAUAUCUUUUGCAAGCAUGCAAGACUCCAAAACUUAGCUAAAAAACAAAAAAGAGAUUUAUUAAUUUAGAAAGUAAUGUUGAGAGUGGCCAGGAGGAUAGCAAGGUGGAACAGCAGGAUGGGGAGCAGUUCCUUGGGAGGACCGCAUGAAAGGAAAGGCUGUUCCUCCAUGGGGACAGCAUGGAUGGAGAGGCUGUCCCCCAGACGACAUCAGUUCUGGGGCUUUUAUACUUUUUUAAAUGCUAUGCCCUGGUGUGGAGGAGACCAGAGUGAGUGUUAGUCCCUCAGGCAUUUGGUGGGGUGAGGUGGUCAUCUGACUGGGGUCUGCCUGGAGGAAUAAAGAUUCAUCUCUUUGUCCAUCUUAAAUCUAGAGGACAAAAGAGGGGAAACAUCUCAGGAGCAGCCCAGGUGGGGUCAUUGGGUGUUUCUAGGUUAAGAGUCACAAGGAUACAAAGCAAAGGAGUUUCCCUGAUAAUAGUUGGCCUGGGUUUCUGGGGAACAGUGCCCAUGUCAAAGCAAUAAUAUGUUCAAGCCACCUGUGAUGAAAUCAUUUAUCUUGUGUGCAACCUUUAUUCUGUCUGUUAUCACAAUGCAAGAAUAUAGAAUGUUAAUCAAGUGAUUUGUUAGAAGUUGAUGCAUCACUUUUCCAAUUAUCUCUCUGAUUUUGUGUAUAUGCGUGCCAAGAGAAUGGGUAUAAAAAUAAAGAUCGGACAUUGGGAAAGUGGAGCAGCUGUCAGAUGCAAAGCAAUCCCAUGGCUGUUAUGAUUAA